UUGGUGUUGUCUCCACCAUGCCUGUGUUUUACACGCCGAUCCCUCAGAACCUGAGAGUGGGUCUGGCUAAUGUCAGCGGGUCAGUGUUUAUAAAUAACAGGACACGAGACAGUGGAGACUUCAGGGACCCGUAUCAGGAUAAUGAAGUGUUUGCGGAGGUCUGGUCUCAUCUCCCGCUGCAGAUGCUGCUGUACUUCAACAUGUUCUUCUUCCCCUUCUGGUGGAUCUCGGAGCUGAUGAUGCUGCAUUUAAAGUUCUGUUAUCUGCCAGCAUAUUACCAGUGUCUGCUGGUGACAGGGAUGGUCCUGAUUAGCAUAUUCGAGGUAUUGCGGGUGUAUCUCGGUUACGUUGGGAAUCUCAAAGAGAAGGUUCCAGAGUUAGCUGGAUUUUGGCUGAUCUCCUUCCUCUUCCAGCUGCCUAUCCUCCUCUUCUUCAUCACUGAUCAGGACAUCAUCAUUCUUCCUCUGGAGCGGGCCGUUCACUCUCUCUAUCUGGCCUUCCUCGUGGGCGAGCUGUUGGCCUCGUUUCUCGCCCUGCGCGUCAUGACUCGUAAACUCGCCCAGCAGUUUCACAUGAGGCAGUUCGGGCCCGUCCAGGGUCUCCACACAGCAGAAGCCCUGCCUAUGUUUGGACUGCCGCACGGGGGCAGGAGUGUGCUUCCUGUGAGGGACAUACAGCCUCACUGAGAGAUGAUGGAA